GAGAGUGGGAGGGUUUGUUUACUCGAUCUAGACUACUGUAUUUUACUUGUAAGCUUUACAAGUUAGCUUGUACUCUUACAUGCUCUUUAAUACAAUAUCUAUCUGGAAACUGUUAUAAAUAGUCUGAAGAAGAUAUGCAGUGGAUUUUGAGGUCAUUAACAGCAAGAUCCUUCGAAGGAAAGUGGUCUCCAAAAAUCAGACUACCCUACGAUGACCCGGAAGAUCUGGAAGAUGAUAUUCCCCUGGUUUUCCAUAAGCCUAGUUGGCAGCUCAGAGCCAGCCUUGCCUCUGUGUUGAUCACCCCUGUCCUCUACCAACUCUACCUCAUUAUGGUCACCAUCAGAUACAUACUCUUCUUACAAACUUUUUCCUCUCCCCCGCGUCCUGCUUGCCCUGUAGUUGACUUGAGUUGGACUGGAGUGUUUCCUUGUGAGCUGGGAUGGAGGGGGAGUGCACUGGCCGUUUUCAUUCUGUCAGCUGUGCUUAUCACCUGCUACUCACUCAUCACUGCCUGCUUGGUGAGAUGGAACCCUCGGAAACAAUGGAACAUUCAGUAUUGUACCACAUCAGGUAAUUCCUGCCACAAUAAUUAUAAACGUCACUCUUACUUUCUAGUUUUUGAUACUCAAGAAAAGCCGACCCAGUUCCAAGUGAGAGUUCAGAGCACUAAUCGGCCCCCCACUCUCAGUCUGUAUAUACUGUUACUGAUAUUCCGCUUACUGUUACAGUCAGGAGAUGUUGAAGCAAACCCUGGACCAACGCUUAGCUCAACUCUGACUAUCGAUGAUUUGUCGUCUGUUUACGGGAAAUUGAUACCAGCUACCAAAAACUGGUUCAACCUGGGACUUACGCUGGGAGUGAGCUAUGACACCCUCAAUAAUAUCGGUGAUAAACAUCGAGACGAUCAAACCUGUCUACGUGAAAUACUAGCUGCUCGCUUGAAGACUGGCCCUCUCACCUAUUCUGAAAUAUGUCAGAGUCUCAGAGCACCUAUAGUUGAACGGAAUGAAGUUGCUGAGGCUAUAGAGGAGGCAUGUACAGUUGACGAUACUUCACCUGGGCCAUCUAAGAGGCAAAUAUUGUCCACAACGACUCCUGGACCAACCAGUGAGGAUGAUGAAAGAUAUGACAACCAAUUAUGCAUUGAAGAUUUGCAAGAAGUUUAUUCUCUAUUAAUCAAGGCCGCUAAAGAUUGGUUUGACAUGGGCCUCGCUUUGGGGAUUAGAGUUGACAUCCUUAAGGGUAUCAAGUAUAAUGAAAAUAGUGAUAAAGCUCACUUGCGUGAAAUGCUGACCCACUGGUUGCGAUAUUUACCUUCUUGUACAUGGAGUGACAUUUGCAAGUGCCUCAGAAGUGACACUGUCCAACAAGACAUUCUAGCGGAUAUAAUUAAGGAGAAAUACAAAGUUGACAACAUUUUGUCUGGGCCAUCUAAGAGACAAAAAUUAUCCACAAUGAAUCCUGGACCAACCAGUGAGGAUGAUGAAAGAUAUGACAACCAAUUAUUCAUUGAAGAUUUGCAAGAAGUUUUUUCUCUAUUAAUCAAGGCCGCUAGAAAUUGGUUUAACAUAGGCCUCGCUUUGGGGAUUAAAGUUGCCAUCCUUGAGGGUAUCGAGUCUAAUGAAGAUAGUGAUAAAGCUCGCUUGCGUGAAGUGCUGACCCACUGGUUGCAAUCUUCACCUUCUCGUACAUGGAGUGACAUUUGCAAGUGCCUCAGAAGUAACAUUGUCCAACAAGACAAUAUAGCUGAUGCAAUUGAGCUGAAAUACAAAGGAUUUAAACAGCAUUUUGAAGAGGCAAUGAAGGAUGGAUUUGUCACUUUGAAAACUGUUAAUGUUAUUCUAAUGGGACCUGCUGGUAGUGGAAAGACGAGUGUUAAAGAUCUUGUAUUGAAUAACGAAGUAAAGGAAAAACAAAAUAGCACAGGUCCUUUAGAUAGAACCAUCCAGGUCCGAUCAGUAGCAAGUCAUCAUUUUAUGUGCAAAGGCAAAGAAUGGAACGAAAUGACAACCCAAGAUCUGAAGAGUUUACUUUCUCGAGCUAUUUCUCAGUAUAGUUUAAAGGGUGUUGAUAAAAAGAGCAGUACAAGUGCUGCUGAAAAUAUUCAUGAUCACUCAAAAGCAGCGGUAAAGGGUGUUAAUAAAAAGAGUAGUACAAGCGCUGCUGAGAAUAUUCAUGAUCACUCACAAGCAGCGGUAAAGGCUGUAGUUGAUGAUCUUGAGGAAAUAAGUUCAAUAGCAGUCUCAACAAGCGUACGACAUAAAAGCGGCAAAGAAUUAUUUGGUACCAUGACGAUACGUGUUACUGAUAGUGGAGGCCAACCACAGUUUCACGAUAUUGCACCUCUUUUCACACGAGGAACUUCAGCUGGUGUAUACGUAAUGAAGCUCACAGACAAGUUUAACGAUUAUCCCUCUGAUGAGUGCUAUAUAGGAGGACAACAAGUCGGCACUCCUUCCCUCUCACACUUGUCACACAAGGAAACUAUUCUAAGUCUCAUUCAAUCUCUAAUUUCGGUGAACACACAUGAAAAGAAGCCACGAUGUAUCUUUGUGGGCACAUUCAAAGACGCAUUCAAGAAUGAUCCUCCUUCAGUUCUGUCAGCAACCCUUGAGAAAAAAAAUGAAGAACUCAGUGCCUUGAUUCCUGAACGCUUUCGACUAUACAGCGACACACAAAUGACCCAACAAAUACUUGCUUUGAAUGCAAUAUCUCGAGAUGAAGACACGCAAACUAUUGCACAUGCUAUUCGAAAUGCCGUAGAAGAGUCUCCGUUUUUUGAAGAUGAAGUUCCACUCCGGUGGUUUGCUCUGGAGCUUUCCUUGCAAGAGUUCUGCACUAAAGUUGGGAGACAUAUUCUCACUAAAAGCGAGUGUAUAUCUGUGGCUAAAGAACUACAGUCAGAUACAGAUGACAUAGAAUCUGCUCUUGAAUAUUUCGACAAAAUCUGCAUCAUCCAUUACUAUCCGCAGAAACUGCCUGGAGUUGUCUUUGUUGAUCCUCAGGUACCCCUAGAGAUAAUCAAUGACCUUGUUCGAUAUGCGAUGUCUUUGAGAGGAGGUGGUGAAUGUACUUUAGCAACUGCAACUCUAAUGGAUCCUAAGUGGAAGUUGUUCAGAGAUGGUGGCAUCCUAACACUUGAUAUGCUGGAGUCUGAAGAUUUUAAGAAGCACUUCCUUGUUGGCAUCUUUGUUCCCAAGGAUAUGAUAGAACUCAUGAAAGAACUUUUGGUGAUAACUCCUCUCACAAAUCCUCUGUUAGGCGAAUCUGCUAACACGUCUCAAUUCUUUAUGCCUACCCUCCUUAAAUCUAUACCACGAGCUGAGCUGAAAAACUGUUGCAUCAAUGAGCCCUGGGUCGAUCCACUUCUUGUUCGCUUCACCAAUGGCUGCAUUCGAGCUGGGGUCUUCUGCUGUCUGGUGGUGUUCUUAAUGGAAAGACGUGGGUGGGAAAGGUACAGUAAGUUGGGAGAAAAAGUGCCUCAAGCAAGAAACUGUAUCAAGCUUAAAUAUCGAAAGAAUCAUUGUUUCGUUACUCUUGUCGAUUCAAACACACACAUAGAAGUGUAUGUGAAAGCUCGAAAAAUAAUUUGUGAAAAUCUCUGUCCAAAAAUCAAAGAAGACAUUUUGGAAGGAAUUAGAGCUUCUCAAGAAGGCCUCCAUUAUUCGAUUGAUGCCCCAGAAAUCUGCUGUUUCUGUCCUUGUAAAUAUGGUGCCAUAAAAUGUCAUCAUGCUGAGAUUGAUGUUGACUGUUAUACCGGGAAUUGUUCCGAAAAGCCUGAUGAAUACGAUGGGAAGUUAGAAAAUACACAUUUGAUUUGGUUCGGAAGAUUUCAGGAUGGCGACACAACAAGAGAGAUAGUAAAAGAGUCUAAACCAUCAACCAUCAUUGGUGCUAAGAGGGAUAAAAAAAACGAGUCAGGAGGACUAACGCUUGGCUCCAUUCUGACUAUCGAUGAUUUGCGGUCUGUUAAUAAUAAACUGAUAAAAGCCGCUGGAAAGUGGAAGGCCCUGGGAAUUGCUCUGGGAUUAGAUCAUAGCACCCUCAAUGAUAUAGAAGAUGACUAUCACAAGAACAAGGAUUGUCUAUGUGAAAUGCUAGCUGCUCGCUUGAACAAGACUGACCCUCUCAUCACCUAUUCUGACAUAUGUCAGAGUCUCAGAGAACCAAUAGUUAGACAAGAUGCCAUCGCUAAGGCUAUAGAGGAGGAAUUUACAGAUGACGAUACUUUGCCUGGGCCAUCUAAGACGCAAAAAUUGUCUCCUGGACCAACCAUGCAGUGAUUGAAUCACCUUAGUUAAUUGGCUUAGUUUGUGUUGAUGGUGAUAGAAUAAAAACAUAUCUCAAGGAUUACUGUACAUUUUCAAGUAUAUAAUGUAUAAGAAAGUUUGGGGAUAGCCCUAUUUAGAGAGGUACGUAUAUAUGUAUUUCUCACUUUUACGUAUAGUUUGGAGGGCCCAAUAUUGAAUGUUCCACUGUGUUACUGUAUUAUUACUUUC